ACACCAUGAGCGGGCGCCCAGCAAAUCUUCCCAAAUUCUCUGAUCUUCCGCUGAACAAGGACGACCCGCCCUACUCAGCAUGGGGCCUUUACGGCAAAGAUGACCAGCUAGGUUUUUUGAAUCGCCAGACCAAUGAAACUGUCAAGGAGGCGGCGAAGGAAAUUCAAAGCGGAGUUAGAGUCUCCAUGAAUUGGCCUCUUGAUGCACAGGGUGACAUUCCUUUGUUUGGACGACAGGUUUUUCAAAAGCAAAUCGUCCAGAGAUCCCCGAGAAUAGUCUACGAUGAUGUUUGGACAUUUAAUACCCAGAGCAGCAGCCAAUGGGAUGGGCUGCGACAUGUCGCAUAUCAAAAGGAGAAAAGAUUCUAUAACGGCGUCACCAUGGAUGAUAUCGCCGGACCCAAUAAGAAUAAUGCGAAUGGGGUUCAAGCCUGGGCGGAAAAGGGAAUUGUUGGCCGUGGCAUCCUCUUAGACUACCACAAGUGGCGACUGGCGAACAAUAUUGACAUUGACAUCUUCAAAACAAGCCCCAUACCAUUGAAACAUUUGAAGGCGGUGGCGGAGUCCCAGGGAACAGAAAUCAAAUUCGGAGACAUUCUUUUCAUCCGAGUUGGGUAUAUGCUUGAAUUCAACAAGCUGUCGACUGCAGAACUCAGUGAGCUUGCAAAGCAAAAGAUGCAUUCACUUAUCGGUGUUGAGCAAACAGAAGACAUGCUAGAGUGGAUCUGGGAGAAUUUUUCGGCAGUCGCUGGUGACCAUCCCGCAUUCGAAGCCUACCCACCCCCGGAACAUUUGAAAUUGCACGAAGUCCUCCUUGCUGGGUGGGGGUGUCCCAUUGGUGAGCUGUUUGAUCUCGACAAGCUAGCAGAAGAAUGUGAGAAGCAUAAGAGGUGGUCGUUUUUCGUGACAAGCGAGGUAUGCAAUGUUCCUGGAGGCGUGGCAAGUCCACCCAAUAUCUUGGCGAUAUUUUAGGAGAACCGACGCGACAUGGUUCUUCACUCGCCCGAAAGCCCGAGGGCUGCAUCUUCGAUUCCUGGAAGGAUUGGUGGAGGAGGAGGAGGAACCCGUACUUUGCUGCACAUGAUCACAUCUUGACCCAGCGCGUGCCAUUUCGGUUCUUUUGGUUUGAGCGAGACUUUCGGCUUUCCGUAUUCAUCUCUUUUAGAAUCCGGGGCCACACCCACGCCGCCACGGCCUAGAUAAGUUGGGGCAACAGUAACGAUGACGGAAUCAACGAAGUCCUCAUAUUCUGG